AGGAGGCAUUCAACGGCUAUGGGCGAUCAAGUAAAACAAAUUCAGGCCCUUCCUCCUACACAUCCUUUAUAUCCCGGCCCUAAUCUUCAAGAUACCACAAGUAUCAAUUUGGCUUCCACCCAUAUUAAAGUCGGACCCCUAAAUACGCGACCUCCCUCACAAACAGUUCAAGAUAGAAUACCUUCAAAUAUUAAACUUAACGCGCGACCCUUUCCACCGUCUUCUUUUACUUUAGAAAAAGCCGAGACUAUUGAGGACGACCCAUCUGCCUCUAUAAACGCUCAAAAUGAUAGCGGAAAAAAAAGAUCCACUAAAAAAAAAGUUAGAAAAGGAGCUGAUAGACAACUCCCAGCCAAAAUUAUAGAAGAACUGCCCGAAUCGGCAUUAUAUAAUAAAUUACUUGACCUCGAAAAACGAAUCGACUAUACAAUUUUCCGUAAACGACUUGAAAUUCAAGAUGCCUCAAGAAGCCCUUCGAAAAUCAAAAGGACGUUACGCAUGUACAUUACUUCUAAGUUUUUUGGCCAGAGCGAAAGUUCUAAUUCUUAUUCGAGCUGGCUUUUAAAAAUCGAAGGGAAAAUUCUAAGCGAUCCCACUUUAGCUAAGAGCGACGCCGUUAAAACCAAGAAAAAGUUUUCUUCGUUUUUUGACCGAAUUUUUAUUCUCUCAAACGACGAGACACUCCCCAGGGAACAGCAAUUUAUAGAAUGGAAGAGAUCCCUUGACACCGUCGAAAGCGACGGAUUCGAGAUUAAAAGGGCGGGGAGUCGGAACGUGCAGUGCAAAAUUGUUAUGUUUCUGAAUUACCAGCCUGCUCAGUUUAAGCUGGCGGCUGGUUUUUCUAAUCUUCUUGGACUCCACACAGCCACACGUUCAGAAAUUAUUGCGGCUUUCUGGCAAUACUUGAAGAUGAAUAAGCUCCAGGAUAAAAUGGAUCACAGUUUAAUCAGGAAUAACGAAGAACUUCAGCAGCUCUUUGGCUGCACGCACAUGACUUUCUCCUCUCUUGCGGAGAGAAUGGCUCCAUUUCUGUCUCCGCCCGACCCGGUUGAACUGCAUUACCAGAUCCGAACAGAGGCGGAAUGCCAAGAGCCCUUGUGCUACGAUCUCUCUGUCGAGAUACCAGAUCCUGGAUCACAGACCUCCCUUCAGAACUUCUUGAUGUCGGACGCAGAGUGCAAGAAGAUUUCUGAAUGCGACGCUGUGAUUGCCGAUCUCCUUGCAAAGAUUAAAGACCACAAGGAGAAGUGCGACUUCAUGAGAGGUCUUGUUGAGGAUCCAGUCGGUUUCAUCGACAAAUGGAUUGCUUCUCAGAGCCGAGACUUCCAGUUCGCGGGAGAGGUGCCCGGCAGUUACGAGGAGGAAAGGAGGGCGGACUACUAUGCCAAGCCGUGGGUGGAGGAGGCCGUUUGGAAGUACUUGGGCGAGAGAAUGCAGAAGAAGCGGAUGCAGCUGGAACAGACAAUGAACGAGCUUCGGAGUGGCGGCGGAUAGACCCGACCUGCCCCUUUAAUAAAA